GCUAAGGAAAAGGUAUGUUGUUGUCGUAAUUUCAUCAUUUUUCUUAACUAUGGCGUCGGCUGUUACCCAUUAUUCUAUUCCCGAGGAAAUGGAAGAAGGCUCUGUUGUAGCUAAUUUAGCGACGGACCUUGGGCUGGAUCUUAAGACAUUGGGUCGACGGAAAAUACGACUCGAUACAUUAUCUAAUAAAAAAUAUUUGGAUAUUAACAAAGAAAGCGGUGAGCUGGUUAUAUUUGAGAGGAUUGAUCGAGAAAAUAUCUGUCCGACAAAAUCCGCUACAACGUGUAUAAUGAAACUGGACGCAACAAUAGAAAACCCGGUGCGAAUGUUUAACAUUGAGCUGGAAAUACUGGACAUUAAUGACAAUGCGCCUAAUUUUAGAAGGGACACAAUGCAUUUGGACAUUUCCGAAUCAACCCCAGCUGGUGAACGAUUCUCUUUAAACAAUGCGAUUGAUCCGGACCUCGGUGUAAAUUCAGUAAAAACCUACUAUCUUAGUGAAAGUGACCAUUUUUCCAUUGAAAUCCAAACGGGCCGUGAUGGAUCAAAGUUUACGGAUUUGAUUUUGAAAAAGGCUUUGGACAGAGAAGAAAAAGCUGUUCAUAAUUUAAUACUUACUGCAAUAGAUGGCGGCGUCCCCGCGCGCACUGGUACAGCUACUGUUGUUGUGCGCGUGCUUGACACCAACGAUAAUCCUCCUCAGUUCGGCAAAGACAGUUAUUCUAUAUAUCUAAUGGAAAAUUCACCGACUGGAAGCCUUGUAGUCAAGCUAAAUGCAACAGACGCAGAUGAAGGAUCAAAUUCCGAGGUCAUGUAUGCAUACAGCCUAUACACGUCAGAGAAAACACAGGAAACCUUCAGUCUAAACUCAGAUAAUGGUGAAAUCAGAGUGAAAGACACGAUUAAUUAUGAAGAAUUUAAGAUUUAUGACAUGGAAAUUGUGGCAACAGAUAAAGGAGCAAGUUCCUUGUCAGGGAAGUGCAAAGUAAGAAUUUUAAUAACAGAUAUGAACGAUAAUCAUCCAGAAAUAUCUAUCAAAUCAUUCACAAGCCCAAUCAAAGAAGAUGUGAGUGUAGGUACAGUUAUUGCAGUAAUUAGUGUAACAGAUAAAGACUCAGAAGAAAAUGGUAAAAUCAAUAUUCAUAUUUCUGAUAAAUUACCAUUUGCAUUGAAACAAUCAUCUGAUAAUUAUUAUCAGCUUUUAGUGUCUGAACCGUUGGACCGCGAAAAGGUGCCAGAAUAUGACAUCACUUUUACCGUUACAGACAGAGGUACCCCUCCGUUGUCUGAUAAUGAAACUGUAACUUUAGAACUGCUGGACAUUAACGACAACGUUCCUCAGUUUGCACAAUCAUUCUAUACCAUACAGGUUAUAGAAAACAAUGCACCUGGAGCUUUACUGAGCUCCCUCACAGCGCACGACCCAGACCUCCAUGAAAAUCAAUAUCUGGUUUACUUUAUAAUUGAAAAGGAAAUAGUGAACACCUCCAUGUCCAUGCUGUUCUCCAUUAAUCCAGAGAAUGGAAAUCUUUACGCACUAAAGACGUUUGAUUAUGAGAUAGAGAAGGAGUUCCUUUUCCACAUCGAGGCCAGAGACUCUGGUGUUCCUCCACUCAGCAGUAACGUUACUGUUCACAUUAUUAUUAUAGACCAGAAUGACAACACACCUGUCAUAGUGUCUCCAUGGCGCGCGCACGGCUCAGUGGUGGAGGAGAAAAUACCCAGAUCUACCGAUAAAGGAACUCUGAUAGCCAAAGUUAUUGCCAUUGAUACCGACUCAGUCCACAACUCCAGGAUCACGUACCAGUUUCUCCAAAACACAGAUGCUACAUUGUUCAGUUUGGACCAGUACAAUGGAGAGAUCCGGACCAUGAGAAUGUUCAGCUACAGAGACUCACGCCACCAACGGCUGGUGGUGAUCGCCAAGGACAAUGGAGAGCCCUCUCUGUCUGCUACAGUCACCAUCAAAUUGUCCACAGUGGAGACCGCACUUAAAACAUACGCUGACAUGACUGAAGUGCCUUUAGAAUAUGACAUCUUCUCAGACUUGAACCUGUAUCUUGUGAUCGGACUGGGCUCAGUGUCAUUCUUGUUAUUAAUCACUAUUCUGGUCACCAUUGUACUGAAGUGUCAGAAACCGAAGCCCAGUAAAGCGGCUCCUCCGUGUAGGAACAGUGUGAUCAGUGAGAGGAACUCUACCAUCGCAGAUUCCACCCUGGUCUCCAAUGAUGCCUACUGGUACAGCUUGUUUCUAGCAGAGACCAGGAAAGGAAAGCUAGUAGUUAGACAGCCAGUGCCAAAGGGGGCGCGAUACAUCGUGUCCAGUAUACCGAGGAGCACGGGACUGAGCGAGACUAGUGACUCAGCUGCAUCUACUUUACAGGUAAGAAAUAAAGAACUAUUAUGAUAGAAAUGUACUGCUUGCAGCAGCU